UAUUGUAGUUACUAUUAUUGCACAAUGCCAGGAAUUGUGCCAGUUGUGCUCCGCCCUGUCUUGUGGAAUUUGGACCUGGCUCGCUUUCUUUCCCAACUUGCAAAGUCCAAAGAGCGGGAGACUCGUUCACGGAUUUCAAGAUUCCUUCUAGGUUAGGAAGAGGAGCUCUUUCGCACCCCGUCCAGGUCCCGUCAUGCGUGUCGCUGUGGUUGGGGCGGGGGUCAUAGGCCUGUCCACGGCCCUCUGCAUCCACGAACAACACCAUUCGACCGGUCUGGAAGUGGAGGUCUACGCCGACACCUUCACCCCGCACACCACCAGCGACGGAGCGGCCGGACUCUGGCAGCCCUACGUGGACGACCACGGAAAUGCCCAAGAGACUUUCUGGAACAAAGAGACCUUUGACUAUCUGCUCCAGCAUCUCAACUCGCCCGAAGCCAAAGAGAUGGGCUUGUUUCUCAUCUCGGGAUACAAUCUCUUCACAGAGCCCGUUCCAGACCCCUCGUGGAAGGACACCGUCUUGGGAUUCCGGCACUUGUCCCCGAAGGAGCUGGAACUCUUUCCCGGCUACAGCUACGGGUGGUUCAACACAGCCCUGAUCCUGGAAGGUAAAAGCUACUUACCGUGGCUUACGAACAGGCUGAAGCUGCGGGGCGUCAAGUUCUUUCACCGGAAAAUCCAGUCCUUCCAGGAGUUGACAGCUCAAGGCGUCAACGUCAUUGUCAACUGCACGGGGAUUCGGGCCGGAGAACUGCAGCCGGAUCCUGAGCUGUGCCCGGGCCGCGGGCAGAUCAUCAAGGUGGAGGCCCCCUGGGUCAAGCAUUUCGUCAUCACCCAUCGGGAAUCCGAAAUCUACACAACCCCAUAUGUCAUCCCUGGGAGCAAGACGGUGACCUUGGGCGGCAUCUUCCAGCUGGGGAACUGGAGCCGAGACAACAGCCCAUCGGACCGUCAAUACAUCUGGCGGAGCUGCUGCGAGCUCAUGCCCAGCCUCCAGAAAGCCAAGAUCCUCGACGAAUGGACCGGGUUCCGCCCGGUGCGGACGAAGGUUCGCUUGGAGCGUGAGACGGUCCGCCACGGAACAUCAACAUCCGAGGUGAUCCACAACUACGGCCACGGAGGCUUCGGUCUCACCAUCCACUGGGGCUGUGCCGUGGAGGCCGCCCGCUUGUUUGGGAACAUCCUUGACGGCAAGACGGCGGACAAACCGUCCCGAUCCAACCUCUGAGGUUCUUUGUGGCACCCCCAACAUUUUGGUACAUGCUUCUAGGGUCCGCUAUAGUACACAUAUAGUGGGUUGUUGUGCGUUUUUCGGGAGGUAUAGCCAUUCCUAACGUUUCACCUGCAUCUGUGGCUAACGGCAUCGAGAGGUCUGUGGGAAGUGAGUGUAGAGAUGUGUUGUCGAAGGCUUCCAUGGCCGGAAUGACUGGGUUGCUGUGAGUUUUUCAGGCUGUAUGGCCAUGUUUUAGAAGCAGUGUCCAAUAAAUAUAAUCUCUCUCUAUAAAAACUAGCUUUGCCCAGCCACGCGUUGCUGUGGCUUAUGGGAAUUCUUUGUUGGCCAAGCGGAAUAGCAGUGAAUAGCCUUGCAGUUUCAAAGCCUGGCCGUUUUCUGGAGUAGAUGGAGCUUUUGGAUGUAUGAACGUAGAGGCAUGGAUGAGGGGUUGUGCAGCCAGGUUUAGUGAUUCUGGGAUGUGUAGUUUUGUUGUUUUGUCCUAGGCCGAAAUUUCAUUACCCUUUUAUAUAUAUAGAUGUAACGUAUGUUUGUAGGACUGACUAGACAACAAAACUACUGAACCAAAUCAUACCAAAUUUGGCCACAAAAAACAGAGUCAUUCAGUCAUUUGUGUAAAUCAGUGGUUCUCUUUAGAAGGCCAGAUGUUUUGGCCUUCUAAUAAUCCUAACAACUGGUAAAAUCACUGGGAUUUCCGGGAGUUGUAGGCCAAAAUACCUGGGGAGAGACCCAGGUAUUUACUACGCAUGUCUAAGAAUUACAUUACUCAGUACAAUUCCAUUCGGGUUGUAUACAGCCCAAAAGACUCACAGCAACCCAGUGAUUCCGGCCAUGAAAGCCUUCGAUAAUACAAUUCCAUUGUUUGUUAGCCUACUGCGCAUGCUUGUAAAAUAUUAUAAUUGGAAGCAUAUUCCAACAAGAAGGUGUGGCAGUUCAGUUUUUCAGCGGACACUAGACAUGUCCAAAAAAUCGUUUUGAAUCGUAUAUCGGAAUUAUUUCGGAUUGUUCUCGCUUUUUGAUACGCAUUCCGAGACAUUGUCUCACAGCGCAAUCGGCAAUGUAAUUCGAACCAUGGCUGGCCCAUUCUCUAAUUGUCUUUUAAUGUUUCGUUAAUUUUUUUCCCCCAAAAUUCUUUUAAAUAUAUUUUUUAAUUUUUUUUUGUUUCCGCAACCUACCUAGAAUGGGAGCUUAGCGCAGCCUAACAUGGCUGCCGCUCCCCGGCCAAUCAGAAGCUUCCGCGAUGGACGCAAAGGUGGGGGCUAGGGUUGAUGAGGAUAGCUCAAGAAAUGAGGGCGGGAGAGCCCUGUAAAAGCCCCCCCCACCCCGGGUUCCUUUUUUUUUUUUUUGGCGAUUGCGCAUGCGCGUCCGCCGUUUUAGAAACAUUUAGAAUCAUUACGAAUUUUCGGAAAUAUCCGAAAUUUUUGGGUGAAAAAAUCGGAAAUACUUUCUAUAUCAAAGCGCCAGCGCCCCCUACUUUAGAAACGAGAAUUGAAACAUUUUUUUCAUCGAUUGGACAGGCCUAUUACUCAGGACAAUUCCAUUCAGGUUGUAUACAGCCCAAAAGACUCACAGAAACCCAGUGAUUCCGGCCAUGAAAGUCUUUGACAAUACAAUUCCAUUGUUUGUUAGCCUACUGCGCAUGCUUGUAAAAUACUAUAAUUGAAAGCCUAUUUCAACAAGAAGGUGUGGCCGUUGUUUUUCAGCUGACACUACUAUUUUGCCAAUAAUAAAGUGUUGACAUCCAAA